UUGUUUCACGUUUAUCGCAACAUCGUCUGUUUACAUCUGUACCAUUUUCGGCGCGCGAGACACACUAUCGUGUCAGUCCGCUCUACUGUUUUGCAAUGUGCGGAAGCAAACUUUUUAUCGUGGCGCUUUUUCGCAACCGUUGUGGCGUUCCCGUACGUGGAUGCCCAAUUUACUGGUUGCGAUAGGCAGAAGACCUUUACGGCCGGUGAAGUGUUUUACGUUGAGUCUCCGAACUUUCCCAACUAUUUCGCGAGAGGGACCAACUGUCGCUGGCAGCUGACUGCUCCUGUCGGGAACACGCUCUACGUUAACUGCUACGAUAUGUAUCUGGCCUCGUCAACCGGAUGUACUGCGGAUCGCUUGGAGAUCUCGCUCCAGAACGAUCCUACACUUGCGUACGCUACCAAGUACUGUGGACAGCGAACAUUUACACUCCGAUCUACUGGUAACAGGGCCGUGUUUGCUCUCCGGACGACUACCACCUCAUCGGGAGGACGGUUCCGUUGCCAGGUCGUAGCACAGGCUCCACCCUGCCGCUGUGGUUUGCGCCGAACGUCCAAGAUUGUGAACGGUGUACCGACGCUAGUGAACGAGUUCCCCAUGAUGGCUGGUCUGGUUGAUUCCUCCUCACGGUCGGUCUUCUGCGGUGCUACGAUCAUUUCCGAGUACCACUCGAUAACGGCCGCUCACUGCAUGAGGGGACGUAGUAUCUCGGCGGCCGGAUUGCUCGUCGGUGAUCAUAACUUGAGCGUCGGUACCGACACCAGCUACUCGGUGCUGAUGCGUCUCGCCUCCGUAACGAACCACCCGUCGUACGUAACGAGUCCGUCGCAGAACGAUAUUGCGAUCGUUCGUACAGCUGAUCGCAUCGUCUUCAACGCCGGUGUUGGACCUGCCUGUCUGCCUUUCCGAUUCUCCAGCUCCAGCUUUGCGGGCUCGAUCGUGGAAGCGACCGGCUGGGGAACGAUAGAUUACGGUGCACCGACUUCGAACGUUCUCCGCAAGGUAUCGCUCAACGUCAUCACCCAGCAAUCUUGCCAAUCUUCGAUGAAGAACAUUCUCGCUUCGCACAUCUGCACCUACACACCUAGCAGAGACACCUGUCAGUAUGAUUCUGGCGGUCCUCUCUUCUACACGUCCGGAGGAUACGUGUACCUGGUCGGUGUCGUCAAUUACGGCAUUUCGUGCGCAACCACCAAACCGUCCGUCAGCAGCCGAAUCACUUCCUACCUGUCGUGGAUUCAAAGCAUGACACCGGGCGUUACUUACUGCUCACCGUAAAGGAAACCUUAAAGAAACGAUCCAAUAAAUACUUGACAUUGCAAAUGAA